CGCUGCUCUUGAGGACUUCAGCUUCCGAGGUGUCGGGACGGGUUAGCUUCUUCGAAGUCGUGUUGCAGCCCCUUGAACCAGCACAAUGCUUCGCGCCAUCAUGGUCCUUCUGCUGGCCGGCCUUUUGUGUCAUGUAGACUCUCAGGAAAAUGUUCCAGUGAUCGAAAGUUUGACUGCGAGAGUUCUGGACAACUCCUCCGUCGAAGUGAAGUGGAACGCUUCGGCCGACAGCAUAGCAAAAUACAAAGUGUACCGCUCUAGCCACACACGUACCACCAGUGAUCCUCUUCACGCAUAACACCUCGGUGACUCUUAAAAACCUCGUGCCCGGAAAGGAGUACAAUAUAAGGGUGGCCAAAAUGGACGGUGAAGCAGCGUACGCAAGAUACGCCGACGUGAAUGUGACGACCUGCGACAUUCAUCCUACGGUUGAUGGCCUCCGAGCGACUUUCAUCAGCGACACGUCGCUUAUUGUGACAUGGAGUACGGCGCACAACGCAAUGAUUCACGUCAUUGUCUGCGUAAUCUCUUCGUCUGAGAAGAACUGCGCACUUUACACGGCCAACGGUGACUCGAUGAAGUGCAAAAUCGAUGUUGCCGAUGACAAUGCCGCGUACGAAGUGCGCGCGAGGUUAAGCGCGCCACUCGGGUGCAUUCCUUGCUACUCCGAAGAGUCUUCGGUCACUGUGAAAAGACCUGCCACAGUUCCAGUGAUCGAAAGUUUGGCUGCGAGAGUUCUGGACAACUCUUCCGUCGAAGUGAAGUGGACCGCUUCGGCCGACAGCAUAGCAAAAUACAAAGUGACCGCUCUAGCCACACACGCACCACCAGUGAUCACCUUCACGCAUGACACCUCGGUGACUCUUAGAAACCUCGUGCCCGGAAAGGAGUACAAUAUAAGGGUGGCCAAAAUGGACGGUGAAGCAGCGUACGCAAGAUACGCCGACGUGAAUGUGACGACCUGCGACAUUCAUCCUACGGUUGAUGGCCUCCGAGCGACUUUCAUCAGCGACACGUCGCUUAUUGUGACAUGGAGUACGGCGCACAACGCAAUGAUUCACGUCAUUGUCUGCGUAAUCUCUUCGUCUGAGAAGAACUGCGCACUUUACACGGCCAACGGUGACUCGAUGAAGUGCAAAAUCGAUGUUGCCGAUGACAAUGCCGCGUACGAAGUGCGCGCGAGGUUAAGCGCGCCACUCGGGUGCAUUCCUUGCUACUCCGAAGAGUCUUCGGUCACUGUGAAAAGACCUGCCACAGUUCCAGUGAUCGAAAGUUUGACUGCGAGAGUUCUGGACAACUCCUCCGUCGAAGUGAAGUGGACCGCUUCGGCCGACAGCAUAGCAAAAUACAAAGUGUCCGCUCUAGCCACACACGCACCACCAGUGAUCACCUUCACGCAUGACACCUCGGUGACUCUUAGAAACCUCGUGCCCGGAAAGGAGUACAAUAUAAGGGUGGCCAAAAUGGACGGUGAAGCAGCGUACGCAAGAUACGCCGACGUGAAUGUGACGACCUGCGACAUUCAUCCUACGGUUGAUGGCCUCCGAGCGACUUUCAUCAGCGACACGUCGCUUAUUGUGACAUGGAGUACGGCGCACAACGCAAUGAUUCACGUCAUUGUCUGCGUAAUCUCUUCGUCUGAGAAGAACUGCGCACUUUACACGGCCAACGGUGACUCGAUGAAGUGCAAAAUUGAUGUUGCCGAUGACAAUGCCGCGUACGAAGUGCGCGCGAGGUUAAGCGCGCCACUCGGGUGCAUUCCUUGCUACUCCGAAGAGUCUUCGGUCACUGUGAAAAGACCUGCCACAGUUCCAGUGAUCGAAAGUUUGACUGCGAGAGUUCUGGACAACUCCUCCGUCAAAGUGAAGUGGACCACUUCGGCCGACAGCAUAGCAAAAUACAAAGUGACCGCUCUAGCCACACACGCACCACCAGUGAUCACCUUCACGCGUGACACCUCGGUGACUCUUAGAAACCUCGUGCCCGGAAAGGAGUACAAUAUAAGGGUGGCCAAAAUGGACGGCGAAGCAGCGUACGCAAGAUACGCCGAGGUGAAUGUGACGACCUGCGACAUUCGUGGCUGCAACUCGGGUUCUUCAAACGGCAUUAGCGCCCUUUUGAUGUUGGCGACACUGCUGCUUCCGUUAAUGAAGACAUGUUGAGGAUGAAUGCUGGCUUCUCAUCGACGCAUCGUCAUCGUCAUCGCCACUAGGAAAGCUUACCUGAGAGAGCGCACUUCAGCCUCGGUGUGAAGACAUAUGUCGAGAUAUAAAAUUUUGUGAAUAUUUUGUGUAGUAUUAUUUGUUACCCGCCAAAUAAAGUUUUACAAAAGAUAUUUUAAA